UAGACAUCAGAAGGGAGCAUAGGCAGUAGCAGAAAAAAAUAAAAGAUGGAAGAGAAUUUCGUUCGGUGUACAAUGAAUGCUGUAUAGUUUAGAAGUGAAAUGUUUGUGUAAUUUUCGCGAAUAACGGCUGCCAUUUCGGACGAAAUAGUGCCAGUGCAUUUCGGGAACGCAAAUUCAGUGCCGGAAUUCACAUGAAAAGUGAGAAACGAGUGUUCCUUUUGUUGGUCGAAAAUCCGUCAUCCAUCUCGAAUCUUGUAUCGCAGCAGAGCUAGGCAGAACAGAGUGCGCAGAAGAAGAAGGCGAAAAAUUUAUGUUUUAGGAGGAAUUAAGAAAAAGGCAUCCAUUGCAUACUAAGAGUGUGAUUAUUAUUUUACUUAAGACCCGAAGCGAUCGAACACUUUUGUUCUGAAAGUAGCAGCAUAAGGGAAUGCAGUGCUUGUGAAAAAUGAAGAUCCUGAUUCCCACUAGCUAGAGGAUAGUGUUUUUUUCCUAGCUGUGAAGUGAUGGAAAAUUGGAGGCACCCUCCAUUGUCCCUUUCUUCUGCUGGUCGUCGUCGGAUGUGUUUGUGUUUUUUGCUUAUUUUCGCUCUUGCUGCCCAUCACCAUCAGCGCUAGCGACGACGACUAAGACGACUGUUUUGUUUUAAAGAGCAGCUCCUCGUCCGCCUAAAGGAAGAAAAAAGCUGCAAACAGGAGCAGAAUCUGCUAUCUGUAAUAUGUUCACUGGCGGUCAGCACGUAUCGAUCACGGAUGCGACAGAUUACGACUUUGAAAAAGUGGAGAAUGCAGCCAAAUGGAAAGGUGUAUUCAUAACAUCCCUGAGAAAGGUUUUGGAGCAAGUGCAUCCGUCGUUGCAAGCCCGCGAGGAUGCAUUGCUCUACGUGGAGAGCCUAUGCCUGCGUUUGUUAGCUAUGCUGUGUGCAAAACCGCCUCCGCACACAGUGUUGGACGUCGAAGAAAGAAUAUGGCGGACCUUUCCCACACCUAUCGACAAAUGGGCCCUAAGCGAGGCCCGUGAGACAAUAGACAAAUCCAAGAAAAAGAAAACGGUUAUGCCGGUGGAUCGCGUGCAUACCCUACUGCAAAAAGAGGUGCUACAGUAUAAAAUCGACAGUGCGGUCUCGCUGUUCCUGGUCGCGGUGUUGGAGUAUAUUUCUGCUGAUAUACUUAAACUAGCUGGCAACUAUGUCAAAAACAUCCGCCACAUCGAGAUAUCCCGAGAGGAUAUCGAGAUCGCCAUGUGCGCUGACAAGGUGCUCAUGGAUAUGUUCUAUCAAGGCGAUAAUUCGAACUCAAUGGCACCGAGUCCGUUGCCGCCGACUCCGCGAACCAGUCUAAGCUACGAGGAGGUCGUAAAGGAACUCAUACACGACGAAAAGCAGUACCAGCGUGAUCUUCAUAUGAUCAUUCGAGUAUUUCGCGAGGAGCUGAUCAAGAUUGUCAAGGAUUGCAAGGAACUUGAUCCAAUCUUUUCGAACAUAAUGGACAUCUAUGAGGUGUCAGUUACGUUGCUCGGAUCGUUGGAAGAUGUGAUUGAGAUGUCACAGGAGCAAACUCCGCCAUGUAUCGGUAGUUGUUUUGAAGAACUAGCAGAGGCGGCAGAGUUUGACGUGUAUGCCAAGUACGCGAAGGAUAUCACUUCGGUUCAAGCGAAGGACGCAUUAGCAAACUUGUUGUCAAGGCCGGAGGCAAACUCGCUGAUGUCGGCCGGUCACGGUUUCAGGGAAGCGGUUAAGUUCUAUCUACCAAAACUACUUUUAGGGCCUAUUGGGCAUGCACAGUUGUAUUUAGAUUAUAUUAAAAUUUUACUUCAGCUCAGUCCAUCGCAGGAGGACAAGGAAAGUUUUGAGCAGGUCCAAGGUCUGCUGAAACCGCUGCAGUGCGAAUUGCACAGUAUUUCCUCGCUAUUGCCUAAGGAAUAUUUCGCCAGAGUGAACAGUCGAGCGCGACGCCAAUCGGCGAUCGAAAAAACACGUGACCUACAGAACUGUGUUGAACAUUGGGAUAAAGAUGUGGGUCAGUGUUGUAAUGAAUUCAUUCGCGAGGACACGCUGGCGAAGCUCAGUUCCGGUAAACGUCAAACGGAACGGAAAGUAUUUCUGUUCGAUGGCUUGCUAGUGUUAUGCAAGACUCGUCGGCAAAUAGUGCCCGGAAAUAAUUACGACUAUAGGCUGAAGGAGCGUUUCUUCAUGCGCAAAGUGGAGAUCAUCGACCGAGCCGACACCGAGGAGUUGAAGUAUGCGUUCGAAAUAUCGCCGAGAGAGCCGACAAGCGUUGUACUUAUUGCUAAAAAUGCGCAACACAAGAAUGAUUGGAUGGCUGAUUUGGUGAUGUUGAACACAAAGUCAAUGCUGGAGCGUAUCCUUGACAGUAUUCUACUAGAUAUCGAGAAAAAACACCCGCUGAAACUACCUAGUCCGGAUAUUUAUGCAUUUGCUGUUCCCGAUUCGCCCGCCAAUAUUGUCCUGGAGGAGCGAGAGGGAACGGGAGUUCCACUGAUUAAAGGCGCAACGCUGACAAAACUCAUCGAGCGGCUAACCUACCACAUUUACGCGGAUCCAAUGUUCGUGCGAACAUUUUUAACCACCUAUCGAUCGUUCUGCUCCCCCAAGGAGCUACACAGGUUAUUGGUUGAGCGUUUUGACAUCCCAGACCCGAGCCUGGUGUACGACAGCGCUAGCGAGAAGGACCUGAGCACAGACACGGAGAAAUUUCAUAAAAAUUCCCAGCGGGAAGAUUGGAAACGCUACAAAAAAGAAUACGUGCAACCGGUUCAAUUCCGGGUGUUGAACGUCCUCCGACACUGGGUGGAUCACCAUUUUUAUGACUUCGAGCGGGAUUCGGAGCUUUUGGAGGAGUUGCUCAGAUUCUUGGAAACGGUACGUGGCAAAUCGAUGAGGAAAUGGGUCGAUUCAGUGUUGAAAAUUGUCCAGCGGAAGAACGAAAGUGAGGAUAAUCAUCGGCAAAUUACGUUUGCUUUUGGCCACAGCCCACCUGCAAUCGAACAUCAUUUGCCGUUGAACAGUGAGAAUGAGUUCAAUUUGCUGAUGCUGCACCCACUGGAACUGGCUCGUCAGCUGACGUUGCUAGAGUUCGAGAUGUACAAAACUGUUAAACCAUCAGAACUUGUCGGGUCUGUGUGGACCGGAAAAGAUAAAGAGAGUACUAGUCCUAACUUAUUAAAAAUUAUGCAUCACACCACAAAUUUUACCCGAUGGAUCGAGAAGUCGAUUAUCGAGGCGGAGAACUUCGAGGAACGGGUGGCGAUGGCGUCGCGUGCAAUAGAAGUGAUGAUUGUGCUGCAGGAUUUGAACAACUUCAACGGCGUACUGUCCAUAGUUUCCGCCUUCCAGGGUGCCGCCGUGCAUCGACUCAAGUUGACAUUGGAUGAGAUUCCCAAGAGCUACCAGCGAGUAUUGGCAGAGUGCCGAGAGCUGAAUAAUUCGCACUUUAAAAAGUAUCAGGAAAAGCUGCGUUCAAUAAAUCCACCUUGUGUGCCAUUUUUUGGAAUGUAUUUAACCAAUAUUUUACAUAUAGAAGAGGGGAAUCCAGAUUUUUUACCAAAUACAGAACUAAUAAACUUCUCUAAGAGAAGGCGUGUAGCUGAAAUUACUGGUGAAAUACAGCAAUAUCAAAAUCAACCAUACUGCUUAAAAGUUGAUCCUAGCAUUAGGCAUUUUCUAGAAAAUUUAGAUCCUUUUAAAGGAAUGAGCGUAACCGAAAUUCAAAACUAUCUCUAUGAGGAGAGCAAACGGAUAGAACCAAAAAACUGUCGUCAGCCGCUCAAAUUCCCUCGGAAGUGGCCUGAGAUUUCGCUUAAAUCACCUGGCAUCAAACCAUCCUCCCGGCGUAACAACAGUUCUCUGCCCGGGACGUUGCCAUUCAGUAAAACUUCGCUUUUGAACAAUAAUGACAACAGUGGAGAACAGUCACCUCCAGCGAACUCAUCGUCGUCUUCCGUGCUUGAUUAUUCAAUAUUUGCUCCCGUCAAUAUUCAUUCUUCGUCCUCUAGUGCAUCACACCAACACCAUCAUCACCACCACCAGCAGCAUUAUCAGCAUCAUUCGCAAGGUUCGAUGUACAAUUACCAGGGACAUCAUCAACCGAACCAACAGCAUCAUCACCACCACUAUCAUCACGGUCCUCAACACAGCUUCUCGCAAUCGGUAGUUAAUCUUACAUUCACGGCUGAUCAACAAAUGGCUCCGGAGAUACCAAGACGAUCCGAUAGUAUUAUUCUCACCUCAUCGCUUUCGUCCCAGGCGCAGUAUAACCUUAACAACAGCAGUCUGUCAGAGUCUAGCAGCAACCCCAGUGGCAGUGGCAAGCUCGUGCCGAGUCCUCGCUAUCCGUCGUCCUCUAUGAGCGCCCUUUCUUCGUCCUCGUCGGCCGUGAGUGCAUCUUCGUUCUUCGGCAUCCUGAGUGCAUCGAGCAGUGAUGGUAACACUAAUAAUGAUCCUUCUACUGCUAGCUUUAAACACACGUCAAUGCUUAGUCACAACAAAGCAGUAGCCAAUACGCAUGCUGAACAAACUCCCAAUUCAAUUUUUUCAGCAUCCGGUUUGGGAGGUGGAGGUAACAGUCUGAGCAGCUCAGCUGCAACGAACGCUGCAAGCAUUGUAUCGCUUAGCGAUUGCCCAGCGGGACCUCCACCACCACUACAUCCGCCCACAGCUGCCAGUAUCUCGUCGUUUUCGUCGGUGUCAUCAUCCCCGAGUUCACUCUCCACGGUGGCUGCUGCAGUGACCGCUUCCGGUGGACACACGCCGUCGGUUUCCGACAUUCCACCUGCGAUUAGCCCUCGUACUGAUAAGCCAGCGCAUCCGCCGGCCCCUCCACCUUUACGGAACCAUGGUGGCGGAGGGUCUGAAGUUUGCUACAAUACUUCCGGGCUCCCGAAUUGUACAUCACCGCAUGCAACUAGCAGUAGUAGUAGUAGUAGCUUUAGGAUAAGUUCAUCCAACACUUUGAAAAAUCAAAACUGUGAUUUCACUUCCGCGAGUACUUUCAACCGCUCGUCCAGUGAUAACUCGCCCAUCUACCCGGCGAGCCCAAAGAUCUACCCGAUAGGAGGAGGAGUAAGCGGUGGGGUUGGUGCGACAGUGACAGAGUUCAAUAACAGUGCCAUCUCGCCCACAUACUCCACGUCGUUCUCUUCGUCAUCGGCAUACCAUACAUCGUUGAACAAUUCUUCAACCACAGCGGACUCGAUGAUCCUCAACACAACGACGGCGAGCAACGAUUUCGGUCCGAUUCCAAUCUCACCCCACGUGAACGUACCAAAUGCACAUAAUAUUCCUCCCCCCAUGCCACCUCCUCUACCUCCUAGAGUUAAGCGAAAAGAAUCCUCCGGGGAAUCCUCACAGUCUUCGCAGGUACGACAAGCGCCGGACGCGCCCAGGCUUCCUCCGAGAGAUAUUAGUCCACCUCCGUUGCCGCCACGAACUCACAUCCAAUCGCACUAUACGUUCGGCAACAUCCAGCAGCAGCAUCACUUAUACAAUUCCGGUUGUGCGGGCCAUGAUAGCUGGAAUCAUGUUAAUCAGCUUUCGAAGGAAGAAUCUCCAUCAUCAUCCUCUUCAUCGUCUACGUUAACCCGCGACAACUUAAAUCAACACAACCAACAGAAUAUGAGCGAACAAAGGCUACUGAUGCUUCCUCACACCAGCACGAUUAUGAUGCGUCGAAAUUCCGCUAUGGAUCGAGGAUCGAAAGAGAACGUUCCGAACAUUACGGCAUCACCGUCGUUGUCUGGGUUAGCCAAUUCAGGUGGCAAUAGUUCUGCUGGUGGUGUCAAUCAUCCACCUGGAACGGCACCACCCUGUGGUGUCAAGAAUAAAUCCAUUCAGAAUUCUCCUGUUUCACAACAACCCGUUAUUUGUGGACGCCGGCCUAGUACCAAUAUCUCACCACGUUUUUCGCCCGGAGAGACUACGCCUAAAUUACCUCCAAAGCCAAAGCAAACAAAUCUGUCAUCACAUUCAGAUCGAACAAUGUUUCCUUAUCCCAGCACAAACUGACCUAAAGGAAAUGGUUGCGGGCGGCAUUUCUUAUGGAAGCAGGAAAAAUAGUGGCGACAGGAACACCUUUAAAGACGGAUGUGACAAACAUUCGUUAUACGCUGUAUGACAGUAACCAGUACUGUCCGUAUUGACAACGUACCGAUUAGCAAACAUAGCUUAUGAAAUAGGCCAAAUCCUAAGUGGCUUUCUGCAAGAACUGCUGGACAUCAUGAAAACCUUGUUUAAUGUGUUUUCUUUUUCGUUUUACGUUUGCACUUGUCAACAAACGCGCGGGAUUGUAGAGCGCGUUGGUAUAACACUAUGUAUGACCAUUUUUGUGUUUAUGUUCUUGACCGGUUUAAGCUUUGAUCCUAAUAAAUUUUAUCACGAGUUA